AAAAUAUAGACUGUUUACCGUUACACACACCAAAUUAUCCAGCACGUACAGAAAUGGUUGCCGACUUGAACUCCAACCCGGAAAUUCUCUUGAAAAAGAGAAAGAAUGCCGACAGAAAGAGAAUUGAAAAGCAGGAAGCUGCCAGACAGAGACAGGAAGAGGCGAGACGCAAGAGAAACCAGAAGAAGGAGAGAUUUGUUAGAGCUGAGACCUUGGUCUCCAACCACAGAACCGCGGAGAUUGAAAAGUUGAGAAUCCAGCACUUGGUCAAGAACGAAAAGAUCACAAAGCAGAUAUCUGCCGCCAAGGAGAUCGAGGGGGACUUCCCAGCCAAGUUGCUCUUCAUCAUCAGAGUCCCACCUCACAAGAAGGGGAUCAAGAUCCCGUCCAAGUCCCAGAAGGUUUUGUCUUUAUUGAGAUUGACCAAGGCCAACACCGGUGUCUUUAUCAAGUUGACUCCAACCGUAUUACCGUUGCUUAAGUUGAUCCACCCGUACGUCGUCUGUGGCAAGCCAUCCUUGGCCUCCGUCAGACAGUUGUUCCAGAAGAGAGCUUCCAUCAACGUUAGAGAUGAGGAGACCCAAGCCGUCAAGGUCACCAAGUUGAACAACAAUGCUGUCGUCGAAGAGGAGUUGGGCGAGUUGGGUUUCAUCUGUAUCGAAGAUUUGAUUCACGAGGUUAUCGCCAUGGGUGACAACUUCAAGCAGGUCACCUUCUGGUUGAACCCAUUCAAGUUGAACUACCCAAUCUCUGGAUACGGUCCAUUGGCCAAGUUGCAGAAGCUCGAGUAUGCCUCGGAGAACGAGAGAAAGAUCUCCAUUGCCGGUAACACCCCAUUGACCGAAAUCAACAUUGACAAGUUCAUCGAAGGCCAAAACUAAGCCACAGCUCUGUUUGCGCUUGGAUUGUAUUUUUAGAAGUUAUCAUGUAUAUGAAUAAUACUGUUUUGUGUAUAGCCC